AUGUCGUGGGACUUCUUUGUGCCUGUGUGCGUGGGUGACCUGGUGAAGACUGGGGGCAUUAACCAGUACGUGGUUCAGGAUGUCGUCUCCCCUAAACAACUGCCCUCCCAUCUCAAAAGUAAAUAUCCCGUAGUUUGUUAGACUUAUAAUUGUUAGACUAUUGUCCUCCUGAAAUCUGACCAAGUAACUAAACUUUCUAGGUUUCAAGGCUGCAUUGAGAAGCCAGGGUCCAUUGUGUAUCCUGGAACACUUCGACACGGGUUACACGGUGCUGCAGUGAGUAGCUAUAUUUACCAAAAUUCUUGUAUUUUUAUUUAUUUCUCAAACCGACCACAAUUCUGUUUCUUGAGUAUUGACCGAUGUUGCAUACUAUUGUAUGUCUCAGGCAUUGCCAUAAAGUGGACAUGAGCGUGAAAGAGGACACCCUGGAGUUACUCAUACAAGGUCAGUGUUUGUGAUGGUGUGUAUUGAAAUGUCUCAACCUAUUCACAUGAUGGCAUACCUGUGCCUGCUAGUGCUCACUAUACAGCCGAAGUCCUCAUCCGUAUUUCAUUGCUUUCUCUAUUAGUGGUGAGUGGCCUGUCCGUCUCCCUGCCCUCCCUCCUCCUCAACGCCUCACUCUCUGCCCCGGACCGCAAGGAGCAGCUCAAUGCUGUCAAAAUGAGUGUAUUCCUCCUCUGCAAGCUCACAGAAACCCUGGAGAGUGACUCUUACAGGCAGAGUAUCGUCACUGCACCCAGUAAGGUAGGUCCUUCUGCACCCAGUCAUAUUUGAAUCUGUAGUCUCAGCAUGCUCACUAGUCAUUUAAUACACUAAUGCCCAGUGAUGAGAUCAUGGCAAGUAUGAGCUAAUCAGGCUGAGCGACUGCGUGCUCCUUCUUCCUGAUUGGUGGGUAAUCUUGGCAGUGUGGUGAAGAUUGGCUGCUCUGCUGUAAGGGCCCACCUAGAGUAAACUAGCAGUCCUCCUCACCCUCUGCCCAUCCCAGAGAUAUGGGAGAAGGCAGGACGGAGGCUGCUGAAAGUGUUUGUCUUUGUCUGUGUGAGUAUAUGUAUCAGUUGGCAAGGAGACACAAGUCUUUGUUGGUGGCCUUUGCUAUAGCUAUGAACAUUUUCUUUGGUAAUCUGAGGGCAUUCAAAAACUACACCCAGAUCUUUGUGACCGCUAUGCAUAGUGGCCUCAUCAAUAAGGAGUCACUCUGUAACUGCAUACGGAUAGUAGUGUAUCCUCAGUCAUUCUAGAAUCUCAAACCCUGAGUCCUGUACUGAGUUGACAGUUUGAAGUGAACUUUCUUUCUCUCGACACCCUCAGGGCAGUAAGAAGGGGAAAGGCUGCAGGAGAAGGUCUACUACAGUGGGACUCUGAGAGGGAGACGGUGCUGCAGGCUCUAACCCAGCUCCUUCAGCUGGACAUCCGCUCCCUCUGGAGCCUCUCUUUGGUCGAGGAGGAGUUCAUCAGGUGAGAGGGCCAGACUGUGGAUGAGUGUGUGGGGCUGGAGGAAACAUGGGUUUGUGGUGUUUCACUCUCUAGGUAGAGAACAUGGUGAGCGAUGAGCAGCAGUCUACAUAACUUACAGGAUACUGUGUCCUCAGCUGUGUGACAUGCUGCUGCUAUAAGCUCCUGGAGAACCCAACCAUCAGCCAUGUGAAGAACAAGCCCACCAGAGACGCCAUCAUCCACCUGCUGGGGGUGCAGGUCAAGAAAUACAACCACCUGCUGGGUCAGUAGCUCACCACCCCCAAACCACUUAUUAGACAGCUCCAUAGAACCUAUGCUGAUGCAUUUUAAUGUUAUUGCUCCGCUGCCUUUUUAUUAGUAGUAUGGUGUUCAUUCAAGUGAAGCAUUGUACUGAUGUACUCUCUCAUCAUCCACAGGUGCCAGUGUGAAGGUGAUCCAGCUGCUGCAGCACUUUGAGCAGCUGUCGUCAGUGUGUGCCCAGGCUGUGUCUGUGUGGAGCACUGAGUAUGGAGUCAAGGCUAUCAUAGGAGAGGUCAUGAGGUCAGUCGAAGAGAUUCCUUUUUUAUCUGUCUUUUCUGCAAGAAUGUCUUUAAAGUCCCCAUGUCCUUUUUGUCCCUGUUUAUGAAGUGUUGCGAGAAACAAAUUAGGGACUUGUUCAGUGGGCGUGUGUGAAGUCUGUGUCUCUCUGUUCUGAUGCCCUGUUGUCUAUACUGACCCUCAUCUCAGAGAGAUCGGUCAGAAGUCUAGUGAGGAGCUGGCCAGAGAGGGAUCAGGGGUCAAGGCCUUCUCCAGCUUCCUGUCUGAACUCGGCACCCUGGUCCCCGACACCAUGAUCCCCAACAUCAGUGUGUUACUCACACACCUGGAGGGAGAGGUAGCACACACACCAUGAUCCCUAACACCAGAUUGAUAGUACUACUUCUUCCUUUGAAAUUGUGCUGCCUUUGAUUAUCAAUCACAAUGUCCUUACUAUCUAGUCAUUACUGAAUGUUCGAUCCUUCUCCCUGUGUCUGCAGAGCCCCAGUCUGCGUGUGGCAGUGUGUGAAGUGUUGGGAGAGGUUCUGGUCAGGGUCCUUAGUGGAGAUGGGCUGGAUGAGUCUGGCAAAGCUGACAGGGACCGCUUCAUGGACACACUGCAGGAGCACCUCCACGACACGCACUCCUACGUCAGGGCCCGAGUGCUGCAGGUCUACACACGCAUCGUCAACAGCAAGGUGCGAGUGUGUGUGCUUACGUUUGUCUAAAAGCGUAUCCCAAACAACAAUAUUGAUGUAUGAAGCAAUUCCGGAUACUACUUGCACUGUUAUGAAUCUGCAGUAUGUUCACUAGUCAUUUAAUACAUCCACUAAUGCACAGUGAUGAGAUCAUGGCAAGUAUGAGCCAAUCAGGCUGAGAGAUUGUGUGCGUCUUCCUCCUGAUUGGUGGGUAAUCUUGGCAGUGUGGCGAAGAUUGGCUGCUCUGUUGUAAGGGCCCACCUAGAGUAAACUAGCAGUCCUCCUCACCCUCUGCCCAUCCCAGAGAUAUAGGAGAAGGCAGGACGGAGGCUGCUGAAAGUGUUUGUCUGCUUGUCUGUGUGAGAGUAUGUAUCAGUUGGCAAGGAGGCACAAAUCUUUGUUGGUGGCCUUUGCUAUGGCUAUGAACAUUUUCUUUGGUAAUCUGAGGGCAUUCAGAAAUCUUAGUGACGGCAAUGCGGUGGCCUCAUCAUUCAGUAAAGUCACCAACACUCCUGUGCUGGUUUGAGUUUGAAGUGAAUUGUCCCUCAACAUCAAAUCCCCAUUUGAUUGUCGUUUCCUCAAAGGCGCAGAAAUUAUUUGAAUUAUUUAUUUACUGCCAAAACCUGAUUGUUUUGUUUUUUAGGGAAAGAAGACUAGGAGAGAAUUACUUCCUCUGGGAUUACUGAGCGGUCCUCUGUGUGAUUUCUCCCCCAGGCUCUGCCCUUGAAUAGGUACAGUGAAGUGAUGGGGUUGGCAGUGGGAAGGCUGAUGGACAAAUCCAUCAACGUGGUCAAGAGUGCCAUCCAGCUACUGGCUGCCUUCAUCGCACACAACCCCUACAGCUGCAAGGUGCGCACGUACACACACACGCUCAAAACUACAGCAAAGUACACACACAACACCUAAAGUGUCUUACAAUUGUGUUUGUUUCAUUUGCAGUUGAGCAGUGCUGACCUGAAGAAACCCCUGGAGAAGGAGACGGCUCAACUCAGAGAGCUUAGAGAGAAACUGCAGAAAAACGCACCUGGUAAAUUAUACACCACCUUUUUAUAUUUACCUCUUAAUUUAACACAUCCCUAAAAUUUACACCUUCAAUCUUUGAUAUAAAGCUCAAUGAUGAGACCAAGGCGAAUGCGAGCCAACUGAAAGAGGGUUGGGAUGCGUCUCGAUUGGCCGGUAAUCUUGGCAGUGUAGCGGAGAUUGGCUGCUCUGCUGUAAGGGCCGGCCUACAGUGACUUGGCCCCACCCACAUGUUUCUCCAGCUAAAGAAACACUGUAGAGAAUAGUGGGAGGGUGCUGACAGUGUGGCUGACGUGUGUUUGUUUGUCUGUGUGAGGCAGGGAGAAACCCAGCUCUCCUCAAUAUUCAGUUGGCCAUGAGCGUUCUUCUUUGUUAAUCUGAGGGUUUUGUAACCAUAGAAAUAGCUUCCAUUCAUUCUGAAGUCCUCUACUUCAUCUUCUACCUCUUUUGUCCAAACAAUAUUUAUAAUUAAAGGGAAACUUCACUUUUUGUAUAAUUAAAGGGAAACUUCACUCAAAUUGUUUUUAAUUUUUUCCCCAUUAAUCCACAGUUGAUACAGUUCCAAAAUGUUUCACAGUCAAGUUUUCAAGAUAUUGGACAUUCAGGAAGCAAAAUAUCACCUGCCACAUCAUCAUGAUGCAAAAUGAUUUUAGUGGAUUUUCCCUUUGACCACAUUCCUUUUGUCUCUCCGUCCAGUGGCAGUGAUCAAGGCCUCAGAGCUGUGGGCCGCUAUGGAGCCUGAGCUGCUCCUCACCGUCAGAGCAGAGCUGGAGCCCACCAGUGAGGGAGAGGGGGAGCAGCAAGAGGAAGAGGCUGGAGAGGAGGAUGACGACAGGGCCACCGCCAUACAGAUCGCCCAGUUCCUCCGCGUCAACAAAUACCGGUAGAGUGAAACAAUAUCUAAAUACAGGGCCCAGUUUUUCAAAGGUCAUCUAUCUGGAUUUCGACUAACGGAUAGGAUUAAAUGCAUAGAAAUAGAGUGGGGGACUCCCGUGCUAUUCAUUCUAUUUCUAUGCAUUUAAUCCUAUCCGAUAGGUGAAAUCUGGUGACUAGUUUUAGCUCAAGGAAACCAUUCCCAACAUUAUUACAAAUCAUGUAGUAAAAACUGUUUAUAGAAGUCAGAUACCGAUUGGCAUUCCAAGCUGAACCCUACAGGGAUCACAUAAUGAUCAAUUUAAUAACUGAUUGUUUGUGUUUCAGGAAUGCAGUGCGUCUGUGUGUGCGAGCCCACAGCCUGUUCCCAGAGUCUGAGAUGUUCUCGUCUCUGACCACUCUCACCCCCAGAGACUCUCUUGGAAACACUGGCUCUGCUCUUUAAAGGUACAGAACACUAUCCAUCUGUCAAUCACAUCCCGAUGCACGUAUAUUGGUUAAGUGUAGGAGAUAGAAAAAAGCAAUCAUUCUGAAAAUGUUGGGUCAUUUAGCGAAUGCUCUUAUCUAGAACCGACUUACAGUAAGUGCAUGUUGAAAGAACCACAUAAAACAAGCCUAGUAAGUAAACUCUAUUCAGAACUAACCAGCACUCUGCUAAAAGAGUAAAAUUCACUCAAAUGGAUUAAGCAAAUUAUUCAGUAGCGAGCCUUGUAAGUAAAACUUGUAAGUUAAAAAAAAAAAUCAGUGCUAGAAUAAGAGUGAUAUAACUAAUCAAAAUCUAAUUGAUAAAGGUCAAUCUAGCGUUGUCUGGCUUUCAGCAGUGUGGGAGGUGUAGUUUCAUAUGACAGCAUUACUGAUGGAGUGGGUGAUAAUGUUUUCUACUGGUGAAUCACCCAAACCCAGCUCCAACACCUGAUUUUUAAAAAACUAAUCAACAAUUGGUCUUCAUUUUAGACCACUAUUUAGUUGAAUCAUGUGGACUGGAACAAAUGCGUGCUCACACUGUGGCAGGAGUUAAGCUGUUCACAUCUGCUCUCAGGAGAACAUGUUCUAAUUUGACCUCUCUUUUCCCCUGUGUCCCUGUUCCUCCCCAGGUCCUGACCAGGACACCUCUGAGAUCAGAGAGGACCUGCCUCCCACCCCCCAGAAGGAGGGAGCAGGGGAUGGAGGGAAGGAAGGGGUGGAGGAGAGCGAGCUGAAGAAACAGGAGAUGCUGGUGCAGUAUCUGAGAGACACUGAGAGCUUCGCCCUGCAGGUGGAGAGAGCCAUCGCUGUCAUCAACACCAUGCUCUACUGGAAGACUACCUCUGGUACAAACACACACCUCAUCUUACCUACACAUGCAUUACCGUCAUCACCUGUACAGUCAACAUCUCACCCCAAUGACUCCAUGCAUGUAUUUUGAGACUAUGUAAUGUGUGGGGUAUUGAGAAAUAAAUGUCCCCCCCCCUGUGUGUGUCAGUUGUCCAGGAGGCGGUGCAGUUCUGUGUGACAGUAUGUGAGUUCAGUGUGGCGAACUCUCUGACUGGCGUGAGGAGGAUGCUGCCUCUGGUCUGGUCUACUGACGCUGCCAUUAAAGAUGCUGUGGUGCAGGCCUACAGACGUCUAUACCUCAACCCCCAGGGAGACAACACCAGGUACACACACACCUUCGAACUAUUGCCACAAGCACUUUCUAUCAACCCAACAAGUCCCUCGAUCCACCUACCAAUUUUCAGAUGGUGAAGUUAUUUUUAAAGUGGUAAUGUCUUCCCAUGUGAAAUUGCGAAGCAGUGCUAGUGACAUUAUAAUGGUAUUGGGAGUAAUUGGAACUGCGUCUUGUCUGCUGAAACAGCCUUAGUGGGAACCUGCGAUCUUCAUUCCAGCUCCUCAGCCAUUCCCCCAAGAGGUUUCAACUCUCAGGCUGUGUUUUAUAGACAUGCAGCCCAAUUCUGAUCUUAUUUUCACUAAUUGGUCUUUUGACCGAUUAGAUCAUCUCUGAAAAAGAUUUGAUGUGAAAAGAUUUGUGAUUGGUCAAAAGACCAAUUAUUGCAAAAAAAUAUAUAAAUCAGAAUUGUGCUGCCUGUUUGAACACAGCCUGUGUUACAUUUUCUGCUGUCAAUUUGUUAAUCUGGCUCCCACUGGCACAUUGCUGCUGGAAAAGAUGCAGACUCAAGGUAGAAGUUGAGGUGGGAAAUUGCACAAUGUCUUGGAGCAACUUCAUCCACCUCCAAUGGGCUGUGCAUGGGAUUUGGAGAUGAUCUCUCUGGUGACUGACUGUCUCUCUCGCUCCCUCAGGGCUAAAGCUCAGACUCUAGUGGACAGUCUGUCUGAGCUGAUGGUGGACGCCUCUCUGGGGACCAUCCAGUGUCUGGAGGAGAUAGUGAGUUUCUCGUUCUUAUUACUCUGUUUUAUCUGAUCAAUCCUGUCUGUCAUCAAUACUACCCAGUGAUUGAGUUAGCCCUUUCUCUCUGCUGAUUACUCUCUCUAUCCAUCCUGUCUUUCAAUUAUACUAACCCCCGUUCUCUCUCUCAUCUGAUCUGUUCCAACCUGUUGUCUCGCGCGUCCCAGGUCCAGGAGUUCUUUGGCGGUGGCAGCAGCCUCCAGUCCACGGUGGUGCAGGUUCUGUGGGAGAGGUUCACUGGCAAACGAGAGACCUCCAGCCUGCACAGACGGGCAGCAGUACUGCUUCUGGGAAUGGCUGCACGGUAAGGCCCACUACACGAACACAAGUUCUUCCUCCACACCUGUGUUUUUAAGUCCCAUUUGACUUCUUGCCCAAUGAUGAGACCAAGGCGAAUGCGAGCCAACUGAACGAGAGGGUUGGGUUCUCCCUUGUCUCGAUUGGCCGGUAAUCUUGGCAGUGUAGCGGAGAUUGGCUGCUCUGCUGUAAGGGCCGGCCUACAGUGACUUGGCCCCACCCACAUGUUUCUCCAGGUAAAGAAACACAGUAGAGAAUAGUGGGAGGGUGCUGACAGUGUGACUGGUGUUGUUUGUCUGUGUGUGUGUGUCUGUGUGAGGCAGGGAGAAAUUCACCUCCAUAUUCAGUUGGCCAUGAGCGCACUUCUUUGGUAAUCUGAGGGCUUCUACACCGGUAUGUGUCUUUCGGAGGGGUUGGGUUAAAAGCGGAAGUCAAAUUUCGGUUGGACCUUGUGUAAUUGACCAAUACAUUGAUCUUAAUCUUUGUUUAAUGAGACUCUGAUCCAAGUUCAGUUUUGCACUUAACCUCCCAAUGACAAUGUUCCCUUAAUGACGUAAGGUAAACUGUUCCUAUGUCUGCUCCUAUUGUAAACUCCUACCUUUGGCUCUUGGCUUUCUCAGCAGUUUGACGUUGGUUAAUUUCUCCACUAAUCCUCAUUAAGGCGUCCGCAUGCUUCCCAGCCGAAACUGUUCGGAAGAGUUUGUGCAUAUAUUAUUACAACAUCUUGUGACAUUUUGUUAGUUUUGGACUGGAGGCGAGCUGAAGUCUAUGCCCCUUGGUCGGUGAUUGGUCAACAGUAGGGAUUCUUCAAAGUCUUUGUCUUUCAACGAGAGAAGACUUGUUUUCAUGCAGUUUGUCAUUGAGAACUGCACCAAACAUCUUAGUUAGAUGUAAAAUUGCGCGACUAAGAUCUCCUCAGCAAAAAAAGUCUAAAUGCAUGACCGAUUUCUUGAGUUAUCUUAGAUUAAUUCACACUAUUUUGAGUGUACUGGCUACGGUCUCUCAAAAUGGACAAAUAGUACUAUUGCUGCUUUUUUUCUCGUUUUCAAGUGAAUGUCUUUUAAGGGAGUAUGCGAGCACACAUUUGGCUAGCCAAACUGAAGCAUGCUGACGCCUUUAGUCUCUGAAUAGGAGCACAGCAGAGCACACUGACUUCUCUGCAUUGAGUCUAAGUCACGACCACAGAUAAAUCUGGGCUCACCGCCAGGGUUUUCAAUGAAGAACGAGCGUUUUAAACACACAUUCAGUCUCCUUCAAAGACAGCCACUGCUGGAGGGGGGGGGGUGGAGAGAGAGGGGGACUAUCUGCAGUCCACCCACACUGGACUGGACAAUACCGUGCCUCCUCUCUCUCUUUCCACGCAGGCAGCAUUCAUAACCUGUUUAAUCCUCCUCUCACGUCCUCUAACCCUCCCUCCCACACACAUUAUCCCUCAUAGACAGGGACUGUGUAUGUUCUGCGGUGGGCCGAGCACAGAUGAGAUUAUUAAUUAAUCUGGAGCCUGGGCAUAAUUUAAAUGUCAUCCCUUACUACUCUGUGUGUGGUAGCAGUAAAUGUACAUACUGCCAAGAACCUAAUUUGUGCACCACACACUAAAGUUGCCGUGUGUAUUAGCAUGUUUGUAUGCGUGUUCUUGUAUCAGAUUAAUGUGGCAUUUUAGAUUGCGUGUUCAAUGUGUAGACUAAUGUAAUUGUGUAUUUCUCUGUGUAGAGCGGAGAGGGAAGUGGUCCUCAGUAACCUGGACACUCUGUGCUCUGUGGCUCUGGGAGAGAAGGUGACUGAAGACUUCCUACUGGCCAGAGACUCUGUUAUCACCAUCUGUAACAUCACUGACCAUGUUAGGGUAAGACCACAUGUAGAUUCCCAGCCUAGACUUUGUAGAGGUCUAGGGCUGUCCCAGACCCCCCAAAAAAGUUAUGUUCUUUCCACCAAUCGAUUGGUUGAAAUUAAGUAGUGUAUUUUUCCAUAUAUAGACACACCACACCCUAUGUGUUUUGAAUAAAAUCAACUAUACUGAACAAAAAUAUAACCACAACCGUAUAAAGCGUUGGUCCCAUUUUUCUUGAGCUGAAAUAAAGAUCCCAGAAAUGUUCCAUGCGCAAAAAAAAGCAUAUUAAUCUCUAAUUUUGUGCACAAAUUUGUUUACAUCCCUGUUAGUGAGCAAUUCUCCUUUGCCAAGAUAAUCCAUCCACCUGACAGGUGUGGCAUAUCAAGAAGCUGAUUAAACAGCAUGAUCAUUACACCGGUGCAAAAGCUGAAUAAAAUAUGCAUAUCUAGGUACUUUCCGCAUAUGCUGGAAUUGUAGGCAAAUUCAUGAAAAACAGGAAGGAAAACACAGGUGCACCUUGUGCUGGGUACAAUAAGUCAACUUUAAAAUGUGCAGUUUUGUCACAACACAAUGCCACAGAUGUCUCAAGUUUUGAGGAAGCGUGUAAUUGGCAUGCUGACUGCAGGAAUGUCCAACAGAGCUGUUGCCAGAUAAUCGUUUUAGAGAAUUUGGCAGUACAUCAGACCGGCCUCACAACCGCAGACCACAUGUAACCACACCAGCCCAGUACCUCCACAUCUGGCUUCUUGACCUGCGGGAUUGUCUGAGGGGGAGGGGAUGCUGAGGAGUAUUUUUGUUUUUAAUUAUGGGGAAAACUCAUUCUGAUUGGCUGGUCCUGGCUCCCAAGUGGGUGAGCCUAUGCACAAUCGUGAAAUCCAUAGAGUAGGGGCCUAAUGAAUUUAUUUCAAUUGACUGAUAUUCUUUUAUGAACAUGUUGCGUUUUAAUAUUUUGGUUCAGUAUAUAUGCACUGAGCUUGUCUGAUGCUUUAAGCACGCUUUUUUAAAAUGAAAUAAUUAAGACACACAAAUGACUCAUGCGGGAGCCCGAUGGCCGUGCUGUGUUAAAAAAAUAAACGGUGAGUGCCUGUGACUGGCGCAUGUUGUCUCUCUUUCCUCCCUGCUGCAGAGAACAGGCACCACAGCAAGUGUUUAUCGCACUGUCCAUACUGAAGCUGCAACAUAAUUACAGCCAUUUCGUUUCCUACUUGUUUCUGACUGGAGUUCUGUUACCGAAAUACCUAAUUUGUUUAGGAAAAACAUUCCCUCAACCCUUGAUCUCUUUAUGUGAACGUAUGCAUUGCAUGCACUUGACCAAUAUGUCCUGACCUAUAGCCUAUCAUAAUCGCAUCAAUAAAUUGGUUAUAACAAACUGAACACCGUAACACUGGCAGCUUCAUUAAAUAGUACCCGCAAAACACCAGUCUCAACGUCAACAGUGAAGAGGCGACUCCGGGAUGCUGACCUAGGCAGAGUUGCAAAGGAAAAAGUCCAGUGUCUGUGUUCUUUUGCCCAUCUUAAUCAUUUAUUUUUAUUGGCCAGUCUUGAGAUAUGGCUUUUUCUUUGCAACUCUGCCUAGAAGGUCAGCAUCCCGGAGUCGCCUCUUCACUGUUGACGUUGAGACUGGUGUUUUGCGGGUACUAUUUAAUGAAGUUGCCAGUUGAGGACCUGUGAGGCGUCUGUUUCUCAAACUAGACACUCUAAUGUACCGUAAUUUUCGGACUAUAAGCCGCGCCUUUUUUCCCAUUUUUCGACCCUGCGGCUUAUAUAACGGUGCGGCUAAUCUAUGGAUUUUUACAGCUAACGGCCACUAGAAGACCUCCUAAAUCUAUGGAUUUUACAGGUUACAGUCUACCAACUUUAACUCUAUGGGCUCUAUGACCGAUCCGCGCCCCCCACCUUUAAGCGGCGGUCUCCAGCAGGAAAAGCUAGAGGCCGGAAAAGAGUGAGACAGGUAGCGCGUAAAAGUGGAACCGAGAGUGGUACGAGAGACAGAACGAGAGACAGAACGAGAGCAAGACAGACAGACAUUACGAGAGCGAGACAGUUUGUGCAAAGGAAGUUUUCAUGCACAAACCCUCAUUAUGGAAAACAAACGUAGAAAUGCAUAUGAUGCAGCUUUUAAGUUAAAGGCAGUCAAUAUGGCUGUCAAAACAUCCACGAUCAUUAACGGGUUCCGAAAGGCUGGACUGCUGCUUGAUGAAGAGGAGAACGCCGCCACAGCUGAGGCCCUUCAGAGGCUGUUCGAUUCCGACAGUGACGAAGAGGAGUUCGUUGGUUUUGAGAGCGACAACGAAGGAGAGAGGAGAGUGGCUGACGAAGCCACCCUGAGCCUGUUCGUUUCCAACACUGAAGAUGAGGACUUUGGUGGUUUUAGUACGCAGGAAGAAGACGGAGAUGAGGAUUAAUGACUUGACUUUUCUGGUUACAGCCGUGUACUGCACCUUAGCCUAAAAAGAUGAAGACGAGGAUUAAUGACUUUUCUGGUAGGCUGAUUACCGUAUAUUUUAAGCAGCCGUGUUGCUGCAACUUUAGGCUUACGCGCUUACUGUCGUGUUACAGGCACUUUAUUUUGCACUUUUAAAAAAACACAUUUAAUUUAGCCAUUGAUAUUGCCUCGUCAAGCGCUGUAAGCUUUGUUUUUUGUUAUGGUACUACUGUAGGCUAUAAUGUAGAUAAAUAUUCAAAGAUGUGCACACUUUUUCAAGGUUUUUCAAAAAUAACCAAAGUUAAGUGGUUAAAUGAUUGUGACGCUAUUAACUAAUUUUGCUGGGGAACCCCUAGCACUCCCUCAAGGACCACUGGUUGAAAACCACUGCUGUAGAUCACUGCCGGUAUGUGCGCUGGGAGCGCACCGUUUAAGUAUGAAAGUUGAAAAGUUUGUGUGUCUGAAACGCUGUGUGAUACAGUUUACACAGCACAGUAUAUGUUCUGUAGCUACUAUUGCACUAAAUGGUAACACUUGAAUACGUUAUGCAAAUAUGCAACUUGUUUGUUGAAAUGUUAAUAAAUGGGAGCUUCCUCAAGCAGCCAUCUCUUUCCCGACAAUCCCCUCUGUGCGCGAACCCUUACAUAUGGUAAUUAAACAUUAAAACACCUGCGGCUUAUAGUCCAGUGCGGCUUAUAUAUGUACACAUCAUUCAAUAUCAUUCAAUUUAGCUGCUGCGGCUUAUACUCUGGUGCGCCUUAUAGUGCGGAAAAUAUGGUAUUUGUCCUCUUAUUCAGUUGUGUACUGGGGCCUCCCACUCUUUCUAUUCUGGUUAGAGCCAGUUUGCGCUGUUCUUUGAAGGGAGUAGUGCACAGCGUUGUACGAGAUCUUCAGUUUCUUGGCAAUUUCUCGCAUGGAAUAGCCUUCAUUUCUCAGAACAAGAAUAGACUGACGAGUUUCAGAAGAAAGUUAUUUGUUUCUGGCCAUUUUGAGCCUGUAAUCGAACCUACAAUUGCUGAUGCUCCAGAUACUCAACUAAUCUCAAGAAGGCCAGUUUUGUUGCUGCUUUAGUCAGCACAACAGUUUUCAGCUGUGCUAACAUAAUUGCAAAAGGGCAGGUAGCUUAGUGGUUAAGAGCGUUGUGCCAGUAACCGAAAGGUCGCUGAUUCUAAUCCCCGAGCCGACUAGGUGAAAAAUCUGUCUGUGCCUUGAGCAAGUCACUUAACCCUAAUUGCGCCUGUAAGUCGCUCUGGAUAAGAGCGUCUGCUAAAUGACUAAUGUAUGUAUUUUUAUUUAUUUAAAUGUAUCUAAUGAUCAAUUAGCCUUUUUAAAUGAUCAACUUGGAUUAGCAAACACAACGUGCCAUUGGAACACAGGACUGUUGGUUGCUGAUAAUGGGCCUCUGUACGCCUAUGUAGAUAUUCCAUAAAAAAUCAGCCGUUUCCAGCUACAAUAGCCAUUUACAACAUUAACAAUGUCUACACUGUAUUUCUGAUCAAUUUUAUGUUAUUUUAAUGGACAAAAAAAUUGCUUUUCUUUAGAAAACAAGGACAUUUCUAAGUGACCCCAAACUUUUGAACAGUAUUGUAUAUACACAUACUUCGAGUGCCCUCGGAAAGUAUUGAGACCUCUUUACAUUUUCACAUUUUGUUACGUUACAGCCUUAUUCUAAAAUUGAUUAAAUAGUAGUUUUUCCCUCCUCAAUCUGUACACAAUACCCCAUAAUGACAAAGCGAAAACUGAUUAUUUGAAAUGUUUGCUAAUUUAUUAAAAAUAAAAAAACAGAUCACAUUUACAGAAGUAUUCAGACCCUUUACUCAGUACUUUGUUGAAGCACCUUCGGCAGCGAUUACAGCAUCGAGUCUUCUUGGGUAUGACGCUAAAAGCUUGGUACACCUGUAUUUGGGGAGUUUCUCCCAUUCUUCUCUGCAGAUCCUCUCAAGCUCUGUCCGGUUGCAUGGGGAGCGUUGCUACACAGCUAUUUUCAGGUCUCCAGAGCUGUUCAAGAAGCUUUCUCAUUGUCUGAGAGUCUUUAGGUGCCUUUUGGCAAACUCCAACCGGGCUGUCAUGUGCCUUUUUACUGAGGAGUGGCUUCUGUCUGGCCACUCUACCAUAAAGGCCUGAUUGGUGGAGUGCUGCAGAGAUGGUUGUCCUUCUGGAAGGUUCUCCCAUGACCAAGGCCCUUCUUCCCCGAUUGCUCAGUUUGGCCUGGGCGGCCAGCUCUAAGAAGAGUCUUGGUGGUUCCAUACUUCUUCCAUUUAAGAAUGGAGGCCACUGUGUUCUUGGGGGACCGUCAAUGCUGCAGAAAUUUUUUUGAUACCCUUCCCCAGAUCUGUGCCUCGACACAAUCCUGUCCCGGAGCUCUACGGACAAUUCCUUCGACCUCAUGGCUUGGUUUUUGCUCUGACAUGCACUGUCAACUGUGGGACCUUAUAUAGACAGUUGUGUGGCUUUACACACAACUGCUGUAGAAACAUCUCAAGGAUGAUCAAUGGAAACAGGAUGCUCAAUUUCGAGUCUCAUAGCAAAGGGUCUGAAUACUUAUGUAAAUAAGGUAUUUCUGUUUUAUUUUUUUUAUACAUUUGCUAAAAUUCUAAUCCUGUUAUUGCUUUAUCAUUAUGGGGUAUUGUGUGUAGAUUGCUGAGAAUAAAUAAAAAAAAUCAAUUUUAGAAUAAGACUGUAACGUAACAAAAUGGGUAAAGUCAAGGUGUCUGAAUAAUUUCCAAAGGCACUGUAUAUGUGUGUGUGUGUGUAUAUACAGUUGAAGUCGGAAGUUUACAUACACCUUAGCCAAAUACAACUAAACUCAGUUUUGCACAAUUCCUGACGUUUAAUCCUAGUAGAAAUUCCCUAUUUUAGGUCAGUUAGGAUCACCACUUUAUUUUAACAAUGUGAAAUGUCAGAAUAAUAGUAGUGAUUUAUUUAAGCUUUUAUUUAUUUCAUCACAUUCCCAGUGGGUCAGAAGUUUACAUACACUCAAUUAGUAUUUGGUAGCAUUGCCUUUAAAUUGUUUAACUUGGGUCAAAUGUUUCGGGUAGCCUUCCACAAGCUUCCCACAAUAAGUUGGGUGAAUUUUGGCCCAUUCCUCCUGACAGAGCUGGUGUAACUGAGUCAGGUUUGUAGGCCUCCUUGCUCGCACAUUUUUACAUCUUAGUCAUUUAGCAGACGCUCUUAUCCAGAGCGACUUAGUUAGUGAGUGCACACCUUUUUCAUACUGCCCCCCCGUGGGAAUCGAACCCACAACCCUGGCAUUGCAAGCGCCAUGCUCUACCAACUGAGCUACAGGAUGCCGCACACUCUUUCAGUUCUGCCCACACAUUUUCUGUAGGACUGAGGACAGGGCUUUGUGAUGGCCACUCCAAUACCUUGACUUUGUUGUCCUUAAGCCAUUUUGCCACAACUUUGGAAGUUUGCUUGGGGUCAUUGUUCAUUUGGAAGACCCAUUUGCGACCAAGCUUUAACUUCCUGACUGAUGUCUUGAGAUGUUGCUUCAAUAUAUCCACAUAAUUUUCCUUCCUCAUAAUGCCAUCUAUUUUGUGAAGUGCACCAGUCCCUCCUGCACCAAAGCACCCCCACAGCAUGAUGCUGCCACCCCUGUGCUUCACUGUUGGGAUGGUGUUCUUCGGCUUGCAAGCGUUUCUCCUUUUUCAUCCAAACAUAACAGUUCUAUUGUUGUUUCAUCAGACAAGAGGACAUUUCUCCAAAAAGUACGAUAUUUGUCCCCAUGUGCAGUUGCAAACUGUAGUCUGGCUUUUUUAUGGCGGUUUUAGAGCAGUGGCUUCUUCCUUGCUGAGCGGCCUUUCAGGUUAUAUCGAUAUAGGACUCGCUUUACUGUGGAUAUAGAUACUUUAGUACCUAUUUCCUCCAGCAUCUUCACAAGGUCCUUUUGCUGUUGUUCUGGGAUCUAUUUGACCCACUGGAAUUGUGAUACAGGGAAUUCUUACUAGGACUAAAUGUCAGGAAUUGUGAAAAACAGAGUUGUAUGUAAACUUCCGACUUCAACUGUGUAUGUAUGCAUGCCUUUAUUACAGCAAAGACUAAACAGUUGCGUGAAUUGCAGAUUAUUUAUUGGUUAGGCUAAUUAUCCAAAGCUCCCUUUAUUUCAUUUUAAAACUAAAAUCCUUGAUGGCAUUUCAAAGCAUGAAUGACUCGUAUGCUGUGUGACGAUAUGAACGAAUUAUUGAAUUCUAUAGUAGCCUAUAUAUUGAAAUAUAGGCAUAAGUAGGUUACAGUAUUAAUACUAAACAGGAUGCGCUCUUAGGCCUACAGCUCAAUGGUGGUUAUAAAAGGCAACUAUAAGAUUCCUGCUAAUGAUAAUGACAUUACUUAUGAUGAUGAUUAAGGAGAUGACGAAAAAUAAGGGUAUAGGAUCAAGAGCUGUGUGCAUAUUAUGUGUGACAAACAGGUCCUGUUAGAUUACAAUAUUAGUUUUCUGCCUGUUUGGAACAGUGUAAACAACACUAAAUUGUAAGUAAUACCAGAGACUGUUCUAACGAAAAAAUCUAAAGCCUUUAUUACAUCAUAGCAAAGAUUAAAAACAGCCACAUUUUUGAAAUUGCUUUAUCCUACAUUUUGUGGUUGUGGGGCUUGGUGCUCACUGAAUCGGUAGGCUAUUUAAGCAAACUCAAACUGGCAACAAACAGGAUCAGUCUUAUUUCUGUAGAUAUGGAUGAUUUUAUAAAGCCAGGCAUGUUUUAAGUUGGGCUAUAGAUUAUAUACCUAAUUAAGUUAGUUUCCCCUCUCCUCAAUUUUCUUAGACAAUUAAGGCAAGGGCUAUUUUCUCGUGUCCUCACUCCGCUGCUGCCUCCGCCACAUUGUUCUCAACACCAGUUUGCUGGUUAACUUCGCUAUUAUGCACAUAGCAACAUAGAGGGAAAGGAACCAAUUCAACGGCACACUAAAGAUGACAUUUCAGAACCGCGGACAGCGACCGCUAUCCAUUGCGGGAGAAAGCACAUUUUUUUUUGGUAAAAUAAUAUUAUAUUUAUUAGUGUUGCACCAUUAUUCUUACAAAAUAUAACCAAUUUCAGUAGCUCAUGUCUUCGAGUGAUGAACUGUGCCAUCCCUGUGGCCUCUGCAAUGGUUUAGUCCAUUGAGACAGGCAGGAAUCAGACAGGUGUCUUGUGCACCAUGAAAAAUAUAUAUUUGCAACUGCUUGUCUAAAGAAAUCUCUGACAAACAGCCUAUUGACUAAACAAUCGACCAGCCAACUAAAUGGGGUCAGCCCUAUAGAGGUCACUCUUAAUGUUUGAAGUGUGUGACGUGAUUGAGUUGAAUUGUGUCCCUCCCCCCCAGCAAUCCAAAGGAGCUCCAUUCAGACUGCCUCAGGACCACCAGCUCUUUACCUGCCUCACACAGGCCAUCGCUGAAGGUACACACACACCCACACCAUCUCUUGAGUGGGAGAAUGUAGUGUCUCUGUCCCUGACUGUGUCUUACUGACUGUGUGUCUUGUCCCACCCCAGGUGUGGUGAUGGCGGACCCUCAUUGGCAGAGCUUCAUGGAGCAGGCUGUCCGUCUGCUGUACUUCCUAGCCGAGUCCCCAGACCAGCUCUGCUCCCGCCUCCUCCAGCGCUGCUCUCGCCUGCUAUUGGACCAGAUCGCAGAGGGCGGGGAGAUGUUAGCAAACAAGGAUGUCAGCCAAUUGCAAGGUGCAUCUCAGGACCCUGAGGAGCAAGGAGAACAAGGUGAGCGACUGGGUGAUAUUUAUUUAGAAAGUUAGUGCACUCUGGUAAAACAACUUCACAAAGUAGUAUGAACAGAUUACUUUCUACAGUUGUCUGGUUCUCUUUCACUGUGCCUAGUUGUUGAACCUGUGCCAGUGUUCUAGCGUAUUAUGAUGACUAGUAUUUUGUAUUAGUACAUUAUGAUCAGUACAGUGUUAUAGUGAUGUGUGCCCCUGUCCCUCUAGUCCCUGCAGUGAGCUGCGCGUCCCUGGCCCAGCUGCUUUCUCUGUGUGGCUGCGUGGCGUUCUGGCAGGUGUCCCACCUGGAGCGCAGCGUCAGCUCUGAGCUGCGGAGGAGGAGAGGAGAGACCGAAGAGAGGGAGGAGAAGGCCAAGGGACCCUCCCGUAAGGCAAAGGUCAGUCGGUCUGACAUGGAAUGAGAACACAACAUUUAUGAUGUCCAGUAUUUUUAGGCAAUCCAAACUAAUGAUGGCAAUAAUUCACAUAAUGGUCAAUCAUGAUAUUAGGAUACUGCAAACCUAGUGGUAAUGAGACUGCUAGAUUUAUACAAAUGUUCUGGGUUUAAGAAGCUUUUAGAAUGUGUCAAAUUGAUUCUCAUUGCAUUUCAUAAACCAAAUGUUAUCAGAACAGGAUGUUGAUUAGUGAAGAGACCAUGUGAGUCUCCUGGUGAGCACGAUUAUUAUCUUGCCAAUCAGUGACUUUGCUCCCUGGGAAAAGCUUGAUGAGUUUAAUUUUGGUCACGCAACACAGUGAUUGACAGGGCUUGAUGAUUCUUCCCAUCGGGGGGCUUAGAACAAUAGCUAACUUCUUCCAAGUUGCUCCUUUUAGAUUAAAUCGCUCUAACUUUCCAGUAGACAAGAAGACAUGAACAGGGAGUUUUUAAUCAACGGUCAUGAUCCAUGUUUCCCACAGCAAGCGGCCAAUGACAGUUCUGUGGAGGAGGAACUUGGGUUGAUGGGUGCUUCUGCUGAGGACACAGAGGCAGAGCUGAUCAGGAAGAUCUGUGAGACUGAGCUGCUGGCUGGUAAGAAAGGCCUAACUUUUUCAAAACUAACUCAUUUUUCCUGAUGUGAUUUAGUUGCCUUGACAACCACAUCCCCCCUCUCUGUCAGAGGAGAACCUGUUGUGCUCGUUCCUGCCCCUGCUGGUGAGGGUGUGUAGUUCCCCAGGGAGAUACUGCCACCCCCAGCUCACCACCGCUGCCUGCCUGGCCCUCUCACAGUACAUGAUGAUCAGGUCAGACUACAUUGUUUUUCUAUAAUUUUCCUUUGUGUGGUAUGGCUGUGUUGUCUGUGUGUUGUAACUUCAGCCCUCUCCUGCUGCGAGUUUAACCUCUGCCCCCUCUCCUCUCUCAGUCCGUCAGUGUGUGAGGAGCACAUCCGUCUCCUAUUCACGGUGCUGGAGCGUUCCUCUCUGCCCGUCGUCCGGGCCAACGCCAUCAUCGGCCUGGGAGAUCUCACCGUCCGCUUCCCAAACAUCCUGGAGCCCUGGACUCAGAACCUCUACACCAGGUAAUCCAAACACCUGAACCCAGAGCCUCUAUAACAGGUAACACACACCUGAACCCAGAGGCUCUAUAACAGGCAACACACCUGAACCCAGAGGCUCUAUAACAGGUAACACACACCUGAACCCAGGGGCUCUACGCCAGGUAAUACACACCUGAACCCAGGGGCUCUACGCCAGGUAACACACACCUGAACCCAGGGGCUCUACGCCAGGUAACACACACCUGAACCCAGGGGCUCUACGCCAGGUAACACACACCUGAACCCAGAGGCUCUACGCCAGGUAACACACACCUGAACCCAGAGGCUCUACGCCAGGUAACACACACCUGAACCCAGAGGCUCUACGCCAGGUAACACACACCUGAACCCAGAGGCUCUAUAACAGGUGUGCACCCCCACAAUGCACUGUCAUUCAGUGACUAAAGAUUAACCAAGCAGCUAAUAGAACUCGUUUAUAGUUUAGAAUAUGGCAGUAGCAAACAAGCUGAUCUUUAUUUAAUUACCCAGCUGUGUGUACUAUGGAUUGUGUGGAUUUUUAAUUUUGGUAAACAUGGCAAUUAGAUGAGGCUGGCUGAGGGCUACAAGCUUGUUCCCUGUCUGCUAAUGUUGUUCCUUCAGACGCUCAAGUCCUUCUGCUGCUGCAGUCUACUGAACCAGUUGAUCGAAAAAGUUAUUUCCAUAUGUUCAUAACAGGGGGAAAAACAAUACGAAGCGUUGGAAAAUUCUGUCACGUCCUUCUCUAGCAUUCUGACCUCUGCUGAUGUUUUUUUUAUUUUUAUUUUUUAUUUUUAUUUUUUAUUUUUUUGGGGGGGGGGGUGGAUCAGCUUAAUAUUGCAGAUAGAUUGUAUCUUCUAUCAAUGUAAUUGUCUGCAUCACUUCCAAUCCCCCCAUGUUUUUUUUUAUUUUUUAUAUAUAUUCCCCUUUAUUACUUUUCAACCCCACCAUCCUUUCCCUACUUGGAGUAAAUUAGUGAACAACAACGCCCAGGCCUCUACUUCCGGUCUAUACUUACUAUCUACACCUUAUGGACAGAGUUAAUUUUACAAUAAUUCUAUAUCUAUAUAUAUAUAUAUAUAUAUAUAUAUAUAUUUAUUUAUUUAUUUUUUUGCUCCUGAACUUCUACUCUCAACCUCUCCGAUCAUUUUCAUGAUGUCCAUCCGGUUUGCUUCUAAAUGCCAUAUCUUUCUAACUGUGCUCUUUCCCAAAAGCUCCCAACAUACAACCUAUAUACUUAUUAUGGACACAGUAUGCUUACAUUAUUAGCUAUCUUUGUUAUUAUUUGUUGUUAUUUGUUAUUAGUCCCAUCCUUCAACUCUAUUCAAUACCUCCCAUCUAUCUCUUAACACAUCCAUAUAGGAUUUCUAUUUGCCAUAUAUAUUUCAACCGUACUGUGAUGUUUUACAAAAGUUCUGAACCUUUCUAUUCUCAUUGCUUCUACAGAUUGUGAAUUAAAAAUAAACAUUUUUGCUAAAAGUAUUAUUAUAUUAUUGAUUGAUUGACUAUGACUUUUCAGAUCACCCAGUAAUGCUAUCUGCAAGGUUAGUUCCAGGUAAAUAUUGCAAUCCUUUAGCCAUUCCUGGACCUGUGUCCAAAAACAAGCUACAGUGAGGGAAAAAAGUAUUUGAUCCCCUGCUGAUUUUGUACGUUUUCCCACUGACAAAGAAAUGAUCAGUCUAUAAUUUUAAUGGUAGGUUUAUUUGAACAGUGAGAGACAGAAUAACAAUAAAAAAAUCCAGAAAUACGCAUGUCAAAAAUUUAUAAAUUGAUUUGCAUUUUAAUGAGGAAAAUAAGUAUUUGACCCCCUCUCAAUCAGAAAGAGUUCUGGCUCCCAGGUGUCUUUUAUACAGGUAACGAGCUGAGAUUAGGAGCACACACCUAGGAGUGCUCCUAAUAUCAGCUUGUUACCUGUAAAAAAGACACCUGUCCACAGAAGCAAUCAAUCAAUCAGAUUCCAAACUCUCCACCAUGGCCAAGACCAAAGAGCUCUCCAAGGAUGUCAGGGACAAAAUUGUAGACCUACACAAGGCUGGAAUGGGCUACAAGACCAUCGCCAAGCAGCUUGGUGAGAAGGUGACAACAGUUGGUGCGAUUAUUCGCAAAUGGAAGAAACACAAAAAGACCUGUCAAUCUCCCUCGGCCUGGGGCUCCAUGCAAGAUCUCACCUCGUGGAGUUGCAAUGAUCAUGAGAACGGUGAGGAAUCAGCCCAGAACUACACGGGAGGAUCUUGUUAAUGAUCUCAAGGCAGCUGGGACCAUAGUCACCAAGAAAACAAUUGGUAACACACUAUGCCGUGAAGGACUGAAAUCCUGCAGCGCCCGCAAGGUCCCCCUGCUCAAGAAAGCACAUAUACAGGGCCGUCUUAAGUUUGCCAAUGAACAUCUGAAUGAUUCAGAGGAGAACUGGGUGAAAGUGUGAGACCAAAAUUGAGCUCUUUGGCAUCAACUCAACUCGCCGUGUUUGGAGGAGGAGGAUUGCUGUCUAUGACCCCAAGAACACCAUCCCCACCGUCAAACAUGGAUGAGGAAACAUUAUGCUUUGGGGGUGUUUUUCUGCUAAGGGGACGGGACAACUUCACCGCAUCAAAGGGAUGAUGGACGGGGCCAUGCACCGCCAAAUCUUGGGUGAGAACCUCCUUCCCUCAGCCAGGGCAUUGAAAAUGGGUUGUGGAUGGGUAUUCCAUCAUGACAAUGACCCAAAACACACGGCCAAGGCAACAAAGGAGUGGCUCAAGAAGAAGCACAUUAAGGUCCUGGAGUGGCCUAGCCAGUCUCCAGACCUUAAUCCCAUGGAAAAUCUGUGGAGGGAGCUGAAGGUUCGAGUUGCCAAACGUCAGGCUCGAAACCUUAAUGACUUGGAGAAGAUCUGUAAAGAGGAGUGGGACAAAAUCCCUCCUGAGAUGUGUGCAAACCUGGUGGCCAACUACAAGAAACGUCUGACCACUGUGAUUGCCAACAAGGGUUUUGCCACCAAGUACUAAGUCAUGUUUUUGCAGAGGGGUCAAAUACUUAUUUCCCUCAUUAAAAUGCAAAUCAAUUUAUAAAAUUUUUGACAUGCGUUUUCUGGUUUUUUAUUGUUUUCUGUCUCUCACUGUUCAAAUAAACCUACCAUUACAUUAUAUGUUUAGCUGGGUCAACUUUUUCGCACACUAAAGAUGACAUUCGAACCGCGACAGCGAACCUAUCCAUGGGGAGAAGCACAUUUUUUUGGGUAAAAUAAUAUAUAUUUAUUAGUUUGCCCUUUAUUCUUCAAAUAAACCAAUUCGUAGUCAUGUCUUCGAGGAGAACUGUGGCCUCUGCAAGGUUUAGUCCAUUGAGACAAGGAAUCAGCAGGUGUCUUGUGCCCCAUGAAAAAUAUAUAUUUGCAACUGCUUGUCUAAAGAAAUCUCUAACACCCUAUUGACUAAACAAUCGACCAGCCAACUAAAUGGGGUCAGCCUAUAGAGGUCCUCUUAAUGUUUGAAGUGUGUGACGUGAUUGAGUUGAAUUGUGCCCCUCCCCCCCAGCAAUCCAAAGGACCUCCAUUCAGACUGCCUCAGGACCACCAGCUCUUUACCUGCCUCACACAGGCCAUCGCUGAAGGUACACACACACACACACACACCAUCUCUUGAGUGGGAGAAUGUAGUGUCUCUGUCCCUGACUAUGUCUUACUGACUAUCUGUCUGGUCCCGCCCCAGGUGUGGUGAUGGCGGACCCUCAUUGGCAGAGCUUCAUGGAGCAGGCUGUCCGUCUGCUGUACUUCCUAGCCGAGUCCCCAGACCAGCUCUGCUCCCGCCUCCUCCAGCGCUGCUCUCGCCUGCUAUUGGACCAGAUCGCAGAGGGCGGGGAGAUGUUAGCAAACAAGGAUGUCAGCCAAUUGCAAGGUGCAUCUCAGGACCUUGAGGAGCAGGGAGAACAAGGUGAGAGACUGGGUGGAUAUUUAUUUAGAAAGUUAGUGCACUCUGGUAAAACAACUUCAAAGUAGUAUGAACAGAUUACUUUCUACAGUUGUCUGGUUCUCUUUCACUGUGCCUAGUUGUUGAACCUCUGCCAGUGUUCUAGCGUAUUAUAAUGACUAGUAUUUUGUAUUAGUACAUUAUGAUCAGUACAGUGUUAUAGUGAUGUGUCCCUCUAGUCCCUGCAGUGAGCUGCGCGUCCCUGGCCCAGCUGCUUUCUCUGUGUGGCUGCGUGGCGUUCUGGCAGGUGUCCCACCUGGAGCGCAGCGUCAGCUCUGAGCUGCGGAGGAGGAGAGGAGAGACCGAAGAGAGGGAGGAGAAGGCCAAGGGACCCUCCCGUAAGGCAAAGGUCAGUCGGUCUGACAUGGAAUGAGAACACAAUUUAUGAUGUCCAGUAUUUUUAGGCAAUCCAAACUAAUGAUGGCAAUAAUUCACAUAAUGGUCAAUCAUGAGAUUAGGAUACUGCAAACCUAGUGGUAAUGAGACUGCUAGAUUUAUAAAAAUGUUCUGGGUUUAAGAAGCUUUUAGAAUGUGUCAAAUUGAUUCUCAUUGCAUUUCAUAAACCAAAUGUUAUCAGAACAGGAUGUUGAUUAGUGAAGAGACCAUGUGAGUCUCCUGGUGAGCACGAUUAUUAUCUUGCCAAUCAGUGACUUUGCUCCCUGGGAAAAGCUUGAUGAGUUUAAUUUUGGUCACGCAACACAGUGAUUGACAGGGCUUGAUGAUUCUUCCCAUCAGGGGGCUUAGAACAAUAGCUAACUUCUUCCAAGUUGCUCCUUUUAGAUUAAAUCGCUCUAACUUUCCAGUAGACAAGAAGACAUGAACAGGGAGUUUUUAAUCAACGGUCAUGAUCCAUGUUUCCCACAGCAAGCGGCCAAUGACAGUUCUGUGGAGGAGGAACUUGGGUUGAUGGGUGCUUCUGCUGAGGACACAGAGGCAGAGCUGAUCAGGAAGAUCUGUGAGACUGAGCUGCUGGCUGGUAAGAAAGGCCUAACUUUUUCAAAACUAACUAAUUUUUCCUGAUGUGAUUUAGUUGCCUUGACAACCACAUCCCCCCUCUCUGUCAGAGGAGAACCUGUUGUGCUCGUUCCUGCCCCUGCUGGUGAGGGUGUGUAGUUCCCCAGGGAGAUACUGCCACCCCCCUCACCCCCCUGCCUGCCUGGCCCUCCCCAGACUGAUGAUCAGGUCAGAAACCCUUGUUUUUUUAAUUUUCCCUUUUUGUGGGAUGGCUGUGUUGCUGUGUGUUUUAAAAUUCAGCCCUCUCCCGCUGGUUUAACCUCGCCCCCCCUCCUCUGUCUCCUCGUGUGUGAGGAGCCAUCCGUCUCCACACGGUGCUGGAGGGUUCCUCUCUCCCCGUCGUCCGGGCCAACGCCAUCAUCGGCCUGGGAGAUCUCACCUCCGCUUCCCCAAAAUCCGGAAAACCCUGGACUCAGAACCUCUACACCAGGUAAUCCAAACACCUGAACCCAGAGGCUCUUAAAACAGAUAACACACACCCUGAACCCAGAGGCUCUAUAAACGGGUAAACACAACCUAAAACCCAGAGGCUCUAACAGAUAACACACACCUGAACCCAGAGGCUCUAUAACAGAUAACACACACCUGAACCCAGAGGCUCUAUAACAGGUAACACACACCUGAACCCAGAGGCUCUAUAACAGGUAACACACACCUGAACCCAGAGGCUCUAUAACAGGUAACCACAACUAAACCCCAGAGGCUCUAAAAACAGGUAACACACACCUGAACCCAGAGGCUCAUGCCAGGUACACACACCUGAACCAGAGGCUUUUGCCAGGAAAACCCCACACCUGAACCCAGAGGCUCUGCCAGGUAACACACACCUGAACCCAGAGGCUCUAUGCCAGGUAACACACACCUGAACCCAGAGGCUCUAUGCCAGGUAACACACACCUGAACCCAGAGGCUCUAUGCCAGGUAACACACACCUAAAACCCAGAGAGGCUCUAUGCCAGGUAACAACACACCUAAAACCCAGAGGCUCUAGCCAGGUAACACACACCUAAAACCCGGGAGGCUCUAUGCCAGGUAACACACACCUGAACCCAGAGGCUCUAUAACAGGUAAAACACACCUGAACCCAGAGGCUCUAUAACAAGUAACACUCACCUGAACCCAGAGGCUCUAUGCCAGGUAACACACACCUGAACCCAGAGGCUCUAUAACAGGUGUGCACCCCCACAAUGCACUGUCAUUCAGUGACUAAAGAUUAACCAAGCAGCUAAUAGAACUCGUUUAUAGUUUAGAAUAUGGCAGUAGCAAACAAGCUGAUCUUUAUUUAAUUACCCAGCUGUGUGUACUAUGGAUUGUGUGGAUUUUUAAUUUUGGUAAACAUGGCAAUUAGAUGAGGCUGGCUGAGGGCUACAAGUUUGUUCCCUGUCUGCUAAUGUUGUUCCUUCAGACGCUCAAGUCCUUCUGCUGCUGCAGUCUACUGAACCAGUUGAUCGAAAAAGUUAUUUCCAUAUGUUCAUAACAGGGGGGAAAACAAUACGAAGCGUUGGAAAAUUCUGUCAUUUCCUUCUCUAGCAUUCUGACCUCUGCUGAUGUUGCUAUAGCGACUCAGCACAGUGUACUGUGCACUUCAGAACUCCAACCGCUCUUCUGGACUGUGGCAACCAUGGUCUGCUCGUGCGCACUCACUCUCAAAAAUAAAACCAUUUGAACUGAACAAAAAUAACUAGAAUUGUCUAAGACAUGUAAGGCCUAGAACAACUUGAAUUACUGGCAUGUCUCCUCCCUCAAUGUUCUGAUUGUGUCCAGAACUAGUUGAUGGUGGUAUAAUUAUACAAUGUGUAGAUCGGAGGGAGAAACAAGGGGAUAGUUUCAGGUGAUGCCAUAGGUUAUACUCCGUAGGAAGGAUGGGGACUUAAUUGAAGAAAGCUUAAUGAUGAUUGGUGGUUGUUCCUCCCACAUUGAGAUGCACUGAAGCCAUACCCCCUCUCUCCCAUUGAAAGUAUAAUUACAAUUUGUUAUCUCUCUUCAUUCCACAAGUUCAGUUUUUGUCUUUGUAUAGUGCUAAUUAUUAUGAUGCUUGGUUAUUGUUUUCAGAUGAAUAGUGCUUUUCACUAUGAACACUAAUCCGCAGGUUUUUCCUAAUGGUAAGUGUUGCAUAGCGUUCAGUAAUUGUCUCCCACACACCUCCAUUGUGUUGGGCUUUCCUCAAAGACACAGCCCUCCCUGGGAGAGGCCUGAUAAGGGUAUUACACAUACUUUACUCUAAUUGUAAUGCACUGUUUUACAGGCCUAGUUACUUAUACUGAAGCUGUGGCUUAUGACCGUCUAAUGUAUAGCAGACCACACACACGAGUCUGGUUCCGCUGCAAAACGUCCUAAUCCACUACUGGAGGAGAAGUUGCAUAUAUAGUUUUUUUUUCCCCCUGGCCUCACAUCACUUCCCAAUGUAUGCGGUUAAUUAAUUCCCCUGGUUAGAACAAUGGAGGCCAGGGAGACACUGCGGUGGUCUAUGCCAGUCAGGGGUAUUGGCUUCUAAGCCUCCAGGUCCAAUGUAUUGCUGGUCGUAUUUUCACCCUGGUAGGUGAUUGCUGAAUCUAACAUGUCAUUGAUUGGUUAGUCUCUGUUACAUGGUAUCCCAGCUGAUCCUGAUUAGAGCGUAAACCUGCAUUCCAUUUAAAUAAUAUUGUUUCGUCAUAUAACGUCCUCGUCUCGUCUUAUAAUAUGUCCCCGUCUCCCCUGCCCAGGCUGAGUGAUGAGAACCCGGCGGUUAGGCAGACAGCGGUGACUGUUCUGACCCAGCUAGUGCUGAAGGAUGUGCUGAAGGUCAAAGGUCAGGUCAGCGAGGUGGCCGUGCUGCUCAUCGACCCCCAGACACACAUCGCCAGCCUCGCACUCAACUUCUUCAACGAGCUCGCCUCCAAGGUACACACAACAGCAUUAAUUUCACACACAGGCCAUUUCUAUUUGAUUGGAAUAUAAAUCUGAGUUGGUGUGUUUGGGGACCUUUUACGUAGACUGAGGGAAUGGAUCCUCCAAUGUUCUAAACUAGACAGUGGCGUCUCCUUUGUCUCGUCUCCUCCCAGGACAAUGCUAUCUACAACCUGCUCCCAGACAUCAUCAGCAGACUGUCAGACCCAGAGAGGGGCAUGAACGAGGAAGACUUCCACACCAUCAUGAAGUGAGUGAAGUGUGUCCACACUGUGAGCUGUGUGCCUCUUCUGCUCUCACUGUGUAUGUUGAGUGUUGUGAUCAGUAUAGUGUGUGUCUGGCAGGGAGUCAUUGUUCUGUUAUUCAAAUACCCGUGAGCGCGACUUUAAUAAUCUGAGGGCUACUUAACUUGUGUGUCUGUCGCCCACUGUGUUCUCUCCCAGGCUUUACACACUCUGUUGUUGACUUGGCAGGCAGGGGUCACACGUGACUCUGGUUUGAAACCUGUUGCGCUGAGAGCUGAAUAACAUGGAAAUGGGAUGCUAAUAUGUGAGUGGUAUUUUAAUGGUUCCCUCCUUUGUCUCUGUUUUCAGGCAGCUAUUUUCCUACAUCACUAAGGAGAGACAGACUGAGUCUCUGGUGGAGAAGCUGUGUCAGCGCUUCAGGACAGCAAAGUGAGCAGCACGUCUUCCUUCCUAUCUCCUCAUUUCUAUUCUCCCACUCCGUGUCAUAACUGCUGGCAUUAGUUCCUCUGUCUCAGGAGUAUUCGAGGCCUGGGUCAUCUGUUCAGCGAACUCAGGGCCAACUGUCUUUCUGGCUCGUCAUUCAAAGCACAGACCUCCACAGAAAGGGCAUUUUAGAUUAAGCCACAGACAGACACACAGAGUGAAUCAGCGAGACCAUGGGCGGAGAAUAUGAUUUUUCCAAAUGCCAGGUCAGACUUCCUCUGUUCUUGAAAUACUAUUUGUUCUAAGUAAAUAAUCAAAUUUCCUCUGUCUCACUCCGCCCCCACCUCUCUCCCCCCCUCCCCCCAAUUCUCUCUCCAGGACUGAGCGUCAGUGGUGUGACCUGGCCGUGUCUCUGUCUCUGCUGUCUAUGUGUGAGCGAGGGCUGAAGAGGCUCCAGGAGUGUUGGGAGUGUUACAGCGACAAGCUGACUGAGACAGGAGUCUACCAGCCUCUCCUCUCCAUCACCGCUAAGCUACGCCGAGGAGCCAAGCCACAGCUCAAGGUACUGAUGAUGAUGGUGGUCAUAUGUAUUGACCAGCAGAAUAAUUUUUCACAGCUGUUCAAACGACAUAAGAAAGCCCUUAGCUCCCCCUCCCCCCAUUCAGAUAUACAUAACACUGAACUUGGGACAAGUGAGAGACUAUGCAUUAUCUUGACUCUUUCUGACUAUCCAGACUUAUUUCUGAUUUCUUGACUCUGCCUCUAAAUUAAUGCCGGGUAUUGUUCUGACAGUCAUUCUGAUUCUGCUGUCUCUUCUUUGUGCCCAGGCCCAGGUGGAGGAGUUUGAGAAGCGUCUGACGGCGGUCCACACCCGGGGACUGGAGAACGUAGAGAGCUCUGAGAUGGAGGAGAAGAACCGUUCCGAGGGAGCAGGGCCCAGCCAAAACACCACCACAAACACACCGCUACCCAACAAGGGACGGGGUGGCAGGCCCAAGAGAGGUCAGCGCGCACACUUGUAGUUCCUUUUCUGGUAGACAGUGAAUUGUUCCCUCUUUUUUUUUUUUUUUUUUGCCAGUUACAUAUACUUUAGCUAAUGUUCCAUGAUUCUCUUUCUGUCCCUCAUUCUUCAUUUCUCUCCCCUCAAAGGUCAAGCCAAGCCCUCUGUAUCCAGUCGCCAUGACGAUAGCUUUGUGACCCCCAAACCUACCCGGAAGUCCUCUAAGAAAGCUGUUAUCACCUUCAGCAGUGACGAAGAGGAAGAAGGUGUCUGCACUUUCUAACAGUACAAGCUGUUUUAGUCUGAGUGUUGGCAGUGCUUUUCAUUUAAAUUGAUGGAAAGCAUAUAAACUGAUUCAUGCUUUCAGUAGAUUUUUGGUGCUGGCUUCCCAGGAUGUUGUCAUGGAAUACACUUGGGCCCAGUGAAUGAAAUGUCAUAUUUGUCUUAAUCCUUGCAAUUUCAUAGCAUUUACUGUUGGGAACAUCUGGUUAGUUGUUCCUGCUCAAAUGAACACGUCACUGAUAUUUGUUUGUUUUCACCCAAUCAGACGCUGUCAUGGCAGAGAGCGAGACACCCAAGGUGACCACACCCAUCGCCCGCACCUCUCGACGUGCUCGUCUCCGACACUGA